AUGGCCAAAGAACAGUUACAAAAAGUUAUAGGGAAAAAUAUAAAAAAUGCUGGCCUUAUAGUAGACCAUAGUCUAUCAUUUUUGGCAGCAUCUCUUGAUGGUCUUGUGGACAAUGCUUCAGUUGAAAUAAAAUGUCCACCAUCAGCUAAAAUUCUGAGGGAGUCCAAAUUCAGCGUACUUCUCUUCUACCUCCCUAUUCUCUCGUUGUGUUUUCAAAAACGGUCUCAAGUUGAUAUUAUUUUUACUGAUUUAGCCAAAACAUUUAACACUAUAAACCACCAAGUUUUACCUAGAAGCGUUUGGUUUUGGAAAACUUCUGCUAUCAUGGUUUGGAUCUUUUUUAACGAACAAGCAACAAUGACAUGAAGCUCUUUAUGGAAAUAAACUCAGCUGUUGAUUGUGCGAUUCUAUAUACUUGUAACUACUAU